AUGAUGAUGGCUGGCUCCACCAUGGAUGUGUGCUGUGAGGUCUCAGACUCCGAUCCAGAUUACAGUGAUGAUGGCGGUCUAUUUUCAGACUGCGUCGAUGAUUACGACACGGAUGUGACUGGGGAGACCUCCAGCGAUGACAGCAGCAAUAGCGAGGACAGUCAUGAGGAGUGGGAUGACUACAAGCUCCCCCCUCCCGAACACUAUGCGGCGGAGGAAGCCAAUCUUGAUCCCUCAAAGCUUCGGGAGCGCCUCUAUAAGGACAGCACCAUUUACGGCAAGGAUAGAGCUCGCGACCACUGGGAGCGGUUCUGCGAAUAUAUGCACCGAGAUGUGUCCCACGCGUACCGCACCCUCUCGAUCCAAUCUCUCAAAGCCUUCUUCAGCUGGGCGUGCGACCAGCGUCGCGGUAAGGACGGGAGGAGGCGGUCGGGUAUCAAAAACAUAAGUUCCUUGGAGACGUUCUGGAAGCAGUAUUCGCAGGUCUACAAGGAGGACAACGGCAAUGAUAUUGACCCCCUAAUCAUGAAACAGGCGCAGGAUGUGAUCAACCUUGUCGCCGACGAGAAGAAGCUCAGCCGCGAAAAGAGACUGAAAGCGACCAUGUAUGUCGAGGACCUGGCUGAGUACCUCCGCGUGCUUCUGACUACAACUGAUAUGCAUUUCCUGGUCGGCUGGGAGCGCAUCCAGUUGAUCUUGUUCUGUCAACUUGCGGGAUACACGGGACAUCGACCGGAAGCACUGACGCAGCUCCGCUAUCGACACCUGGAGCUCUCGCUAGUCAGGGACCCGGCUUCGAAUCUAGCGACCCUGUUCAUCGGACUGACCGGCGAGUUCACCAAGGCGUAUCUGGGUGACAAGGAUGCGAACACAUUCUGGCUCCCUGAGAUCAUCUAUGACCCGACUCUGGUGCUCAGCCCCCAUGUCUUCCUUCUGGGACUGCUGUUCCAUGCCAAGGCGUUCAAGUCCCCUUACAUCCGGUGCCCUGAGGACCUUUACGAUCUGGGCAUUCUGGACGAGCUCAAUGAGCAGAAGAUCCCACUGCGAGAUGACCUGGCGGAGAACUUUCUCUUCUGCCAGGUGGUCCGCGAGGGAGAGGGCGUCCGAAUCGCGCAUGAGAUCAAGGCGACUACGGCAUCGCUGCGGAAUCGAAUGAAAAAGUGCGGCGAGAUCACUGGCUUUGAGUAUCCUGUGGGCCCGUACGCGCUCCGUCGCGCUGCUGGGAAGGAGUGGAAUGAGACGGACGUCAGCGAUUCUCUACAGAACUUGAUGCUCCAGCACCAGAAGAUCGAUAUGUACCUCAAAUACUAUCUAGAUCGGAAUAUCAAUGUUGAUGUUAUGAAAACCUUCCGUGAUUCGUCUUUAGAUCACUGUAUAGACGAAUCACGGAAAGCGCUCUUGAAGCGGAUCUGCUCGAUGAUUCAAUCCAUUGACCCCCGGCGACCCUGGAAGCUGACGCCCGAGCAGUCAAAGUCAGUCAAUGAGCAGCCGCGCAUCCUCGCUCUGUCGAAGCGGGUUACGCGCCUCAAGAAGCAUGUUGACCGCUCCGCAAAGUGGCUCGGAGGCGGAACUGGCGAGAGGUACAAGCAACGCUUCAAGAUGGGCCGGCCUGGAGCAGAAAGGUACCGCAAGAAACUGAACAAGCAUGAGAGUACGGAUGACAAACAUCACCGGGCAGUUCGCCGGCUUCGCAGCGAGAAGCAACGCGCAAGGCUCCAGCUGAAGCGCGAGAUGCUGGAACGGUACCGAGAAGAACAGCCGCUGAAGGACAUCGCCCAACAACUGUCCGGAAAAUUGAUCGACGAAGAUGUGAAGGACGCAAUGGAAUCGGAGCUGCAGCGCCGGAUCAAGGCCGUAAACACCAUCAUUGCAUACACUGAGCCAGAAGGAAUCCGCACCCCAUCAUGGAACGAGCGCAUCAGUGCAGUGGUUCGAGAAGUCUGCACCACUUCGACCGCCAUUGAUCCCGCCCGCCGGUCCAAGAAGCGAUCAAAAAUCUGCUUCCUCUGCCUGCAGAAUUCUAACCUUCUGCCUGCAGAUCGGGUCUACUCCUUCAAGACACCAGGGGACCUCACCAAGCAUUAUCAAAGGCGACAUCUCGAGAAGUUCCAGCCAAUGGGUUGUGGGAUCUGCCGAGUGAGACUGGAGACCCUAACCGCCCUUCUCAUCCAUGCAGAAGUCGCGCAUGGCACCGUUACGCGUGCCCCCAAAUACCGGAUGCCUGAACGGCCUGCGACCCAUGCAAGUACUCGCGUGGCUACUCUAGAUCAGCAGCAUGUUCUUGUUGUCGGCAGCUGGAUUCUCAAGAUGCCAUCAGCUAAUCAACGUCCGAAAAUAUUCCGCUUCGCCAGAUUCAAUGUUGAUGCUCUCUGUUUCCUCGCCAGCCGCCUUCGCGACGGAAUUAGUUGUGACUGUGAUGCAUCUCAAGCUCCAGUGUAUGGUAGUCUGAACUGGGCGAUCUCCAUCCUCUUUACUGAUGGAGUGGAGUGGCUAUUGAGAUCACCACUAAACGAGAAUGGAGCUAUUCCGUGCCCUCGAACAAACUCUAUGCUGCUGGAGAGUGAAGCUAUCACGCUCAAAUAUAUCCGAUCUCAUAGCUCGAUUGCUGUUCCUGAGGUCUUUGCAUACAGUUGUUCCAAGGAGAAUGAAAUAGGGGUGCCCUACAUCUUGAUGAGCAAAGCACCUGGAUGCCCUCUUCGGCUUCACUGGACGCAUAUGUCCUGGAAUGGCAAGGCAAAAAUUCUCCGCCAGCUUGGAUCUAUUACGUUGCAGUUAUGCCAACUUAAAUUCGACCAGAUUGGAUCGCUUUUUGAAAGCGUACAUGGUCCGGUGAUCAAGACAUGCUUGACAAGGGGAUUACUGGUGCACGAGAGGCACACACUUGAUCUAAACCGCGGCCCCUUCACCUCCACCAUUGACUUCUACGGAGCGUUGAUUUCAGCGCUGCAAGAUCAUGCCAGCAUUCUUCCUCUCAACCCGCGCUGCUUCUUUGCACCAUUUCCUUUACCAGAGGAUUAUGAGGAUGACGCUCAAUUCGAGCGUUCCCGCGACCGGUGGCAUGAUUUUGUCACGCUACAUUCCAAAAUUGAUGGUUCUGAUAAUCGGACAGAUUAUAUGAUCGUAAGUGACCUACUUGCUGACAUGCGGAAAAAAUGGGUCAGAGACACAUCCUUCAAGGAGGACUCGUGCCAUUACUCAUUGCACCACCCGGACAUCAGCGUGAACAAUAUCUUUGUUGAUGAGGAAUACAAUAUUACAUGUGUUAUCGACUGGGCGUUCUGUUCGUCUGUGCCUCUUUCAGUGGCCAUCACAGAGCCUGGACUCCCUCAAUCACGAAACGAGCUGUCAGAACAACUUCGAGAGCAAUUUCAGCGGGGCUUUCGGGAAGCAGUGUACAAUGCUUCAGAUGUCAAUCCGAAGAGAAGAGCUCUCCUCUGCCAAGUCCUGCAACAUAGCCGCCCCAUGUGGUUGCUUUCUCAUAUUCUCAACUUCGAUACGGUCGUGGAUUUUUCCCUGCUAAAUGAACUCUGGGUGACCGUCAACAGCACCGGGGGUCAACUUCUGAUGGAGUUUAAAACAAGACAGGCCUGGGAUGAUUAUGGGAAGAUACAUGCGCUUCUGAAGAGAGAUGAUGAUUACUCCAGGGUGGCAGAAAAGAAACAUUUUGAUCGGAGGUCUCAAGUUGAUUUGACUGUUGCUAGAAAAUUGACUCUUAUUUCACAAUGGUCUUCACGGUACAGUCAGCCAGGCUCCUUAGCACUCAGAGCGGAAAGCCCCGCAUUCAAAGCCAACAGGACUUUGUGGAAGUGGAUUGACCGAAGCCUGGCGGACCUCCAAGCUAUGUAUCACUGA